UGUCUGGCUGCAUUCGCCACCUUUGAGCGCGGCAUUUACUAACCGAGCGCUUCCUCGGAAUGUGACUCAAACUAGACCCGACUCGUAAGGACACAGUGCAAUUUGACGAGAACCAGCGGCGGGGACGGACGGGGGAGGACGAUGCGAACCAACGCUUCGGCCGUGGAUAGCAACUUGGACCACUGCAACGUUACCAACGCCGUGACGUACAACGUCCUCUCCGGGAUCGUCGCGGGACAGUUUGCCCUCGGCCUGCCUCUCAACCUGUCCGUCCUCUACAUCUUCAUCUUCAGGUUCAAGUUCUGGAAGAACAAGAGCGUGUUUCUAUUCAACAUCGUGGUUGCCGACUUCUUGCUGGUGGCCUGCCUUCCCGCCAAGGCCUACAGCUACCAAUUGGGCCAGAGGCGCAGUCCCAACACCUGGAUGUGCAAGGCCAUGCUCUUCAUGCUCUUCCUCAACCGCGGCGCCAGCAUUGCCUUUUUAGUCACCCUGUCGCUGGACCGCUACUUCAACGUGGUGCAUCUCGGGCGGAGGAACUUUGUCAAGGUCCUGAAAAAAUCUCCAGAAAUCUCGGUGGUGAUCUGGCUGCUCCUGUUGCCCCUGACCAUCCCGACCAUGCUCAAAACCUUUGAGUGCUGCAACAGCCACGGUCGAGACGUUGAGACCAUUUACCAUGAUGUCACCGACACCUUCAGGGAGGCGGUGUUCUUCUCGCAAAUCCUCAUCCCCUUCAUCAUCCUGCUCUACUGCACAGUGCGCAUCGUCCAUCGGCUCAAGAAGAAGACGGUGGGGGAAAAGGCCAAAUUGAGGCGAGCCAUGUGCGUGGUGAUGUCGGUGGCGGUCAUCUUCUCCGUCUGCUUCCUACCGUGCGCAAUCGCCCGAGCGGUGUUGCUAGUCAUGCGUCUGAGAAGAUGGCAGGAGGCCGAGGACGUGGUGGUGCAGGUCUACGAUACGCUCAUGGUGCUGUCUUUCAUGGACUGUCUGCUGGACCCACUGGUGUAUUGCUUCUGCCACUCGGGCUUCAAGGAUGCCUACCUGGACACUUUCUGUCCGGCAUUCCUGCACAAGAGACUGCGCAAGGCCGAAACCACGAUGACAACAACGACAACGACAUCUGCAGGGAGGAGUCUUUCAUUGCCAAUGAUUGAGAAAGUACAAGUAUGAACAUUAUUUAGGGGUUUGUCUUUGAGGACAAAUUGCAUUAAACAAGGGCAAAUUUGUAUGUGGGUGUGUGAGGAAUAUAUUACAGUACUGAUUUAAGCCAAAUGAUCCAUCUGCCAAUGGACAAUUUGACUCAAGAUGAGAAAUCUUGACAAGUCAAAUUGCCCGCUCCCACAUGUUGUUAGUAUGAUGUAUUAAAACAAGUGUACAGUGCUACCAGGAGAAACGAGUGAAUUGAUUUACGAUAUUUUCGUGAAAUGAGCUGUCCUUAACUUUUUUUCGAUAUAUUGUACCGCCCUACAUAUAUUAGUUGUGGAGGUCUUCGUAGUUUAUAUUGAUGUAUUCAUGAUUGCAUUUUACUGCCCCCUAGUGAUCAAAUCGCACGCAACAAAAGAAUGCACAACCGAUUAAUUAUGCACAAACUGCUACAUUCUUUACACCCUAUUGAAUCAGAUUAUUCCAAUGUGUUUAUCCAAGUAAAAAUCACAGUAUUAUUUUCCUUAUUUAUAAAACAUUGCAAAUUUUGGGUGUAACUGAUGAACGGGAUUUCCAAUGAGUUCAAUGGGGAAAGAUUACUUAAAAUACAUAAAGGAAUUAAUUAACCUCGUAGUUUAAGGCGGCACCGUAUUCACACAAAUCAAAUUAUGGUAUUUGAUUCAAGAAACCAGUAAUGAAAUAUUUACGAGUUAGAUGAAUUAAAAUUAAAGACACAAUAUAGAUAUCAGGUGCGCACAAAAAGCUAAUUUGUGGCCACGGUUUAAGAAGGCUGGGAAAUUUGUGGCUAAUUAUGUACACGUGAUUCUCUGUUUCCUUUGGUAAUACAAUUCCUGAAAAGCUAAAACGCAUUAACAUACUUUUGUCAAGUUGUCAUUGUGGCACGUACCAUUUAAAUACUGCAAACGAUCACAUAUUAUCAUGUCGACAGCUAGAAAACGCGUUAGGUGUGUCGUCAGUGUGAUUGAAGUCGCAAACUUACCAUCAAGAAGUCAGCUUAUCAAGUACUUUCCCCCACUUAACAUUAACUUGUUGGCAGCUUCUUGUACAAAUGGACGUGUUCGCUCAAAGGGCUAAUGUU